GCUAUAAAAUCCCAACACCCCGAUGAGUUCACUUUUGUUUUCAUUCGAGUGUCUGUCUAUCUAGAUAAGGGAAAGAGCCCCUCCGGAGCUCUGAGAAAAGUCGACUUUUUUUUUCUUCUGUGGUUCAAGCUCUUAGUAGCUGGAGAAGUGCGAACACAAGAUGAAAUUACUAGUAUUAGUGCUGGCGUCACUGAUCGCCAUCUGCCUAGCCGAACCAAAGCCCGCCAUCAACGAAGUCAAAUCUAAUCAGCCACAGCAGAAGCCGGGCCGGUUCCUCUCACUGCCAGUGCCGGAAAAAUGCGCAAACCGUCCAAAGGAGUUCCAGUACCGCGGACACAACUACUUCUACAGUGCUCACGUGCCCGCCCUGGCCGACAAGCGAGUAGACUGGUUAGAUGGCCGUAACAUCUGCCGCGAGUACUGCAUGGAUCUGGUGUCGCUGGAGACGCAGGAAGAGAACAACCUGAUCUUCCGUUUGAUCCAACAGAAUGAUGUCCCAUACAUCUGGACGGCCGGUCGGCUCUGCGACUUCAAGGGCUGUGAAAACCGCCCUGAUCUGGAACCCAAGAACGUCUACGGAUGGUUCUGGUCCAACAACCGCGAGAAGAUCACCGCCACCAACAAGAUCCCGAACGGUUGGGGCUACAACCCGUGGAGCAAGUCCGGACACAAGAAGAUCCCGCAGCCAGACAAUGCUGAAUUCGACAUUAACCAGACGACCGAGUCGUGCUUGUCAGUGCUGAACAAUGUUUACAAUGACGGUAUCGGAUGGCACGACGUUGCCUGCUACCACGAGAAACCCGUCGUGUGCGAAGACUCCGAGGAACUGUUGAACUACGUCGCUGCCACGAACCCAGGCAUUCGUCUGUAAUAUUUUAGGCUUUAGUGUAAAAAAAAUCUCCUAGCAUUAAGAGCCUCUCCUCCAAAACUCUUAAAACAAGAAAUAAAAACUACAUUGCCAAGUUUUUUUUCGCCUGAUAAAAUUGUCCCAGUAUGCAUGUGAAGAUGUGAACCAGAUCAACUGCAAACAAAAUCAAAACAACAGACACUGCAAAAUGUUAUCUAAAUGUAUAUUUAUUUAAAUGAAUAGAGUUUUACAAUAUACUUUUCUUUCCUGUAACCUGCCGAGAAGCGAACUGAAAUGCAGUUGAACUUAAGUGGAGUCCAGAUCAUCACCAAUAAAAUGUGCAAAAACGGAAUUGUUACAGUGAUAACCGAUAA